AUGGAUUUUGAUUUGAAUUAGGUAGAUUGUUAAUUAAAAUUGGAUAAUGUAAUUGGAGUUCUUUAAAGAGCCAUGUAAAAGACUAAAAAUAUAAUAAUUAGUAUGUAAAAAAUUAGUUAGUCAGAACCAAGGUUGAGUCUUUCAAUUUUGCAGGAAGUAGAAUGAUUUCUAGACCUUUUGAAAGUUCAAGCCUAUUUUAAUAGUGAUAGAUACUCAUUCACUCAUCCAUAAUUAACAUAUUGGGAUAGAGUUCCAGAAGAAUUAAUCUAUAAAAUAGCAACUUAUUUUUAAAAUAAUCAUCCUCAAAAGAAAUACAUGCUUUAUAUCUAGGCUUUGAUGGGUAUAAGAUGUGAUUUAGAUUUUUCAAAAUAAGAAGUUGGAUUGGAUUCAACUAAUCCUUAUUUUCAAGCUAUAUAAAAGGAAGAGAAGCUUUGA